UCCCCUCACUGUGAUACCCAGACACCAUGGAAGAAGAAGACGACGACUUUUACGACCCGACCGACGUGGUCCCGCCUACUCAAGUGCAAAAUAAUCCGCAACAUGCUCCGUCUAAUGGUCACGAAACGGGCGAUGCGGAGGAAGAAGAGAUAGAGGUGGAAGAUGACGAUGAUGACUUCAAUAUCAUUACAGAAGCAUCACCAGAUGCGCCGCCGCCAGAGAUACCACAUCCUCGCCAUGCCAACCUUCGGAAUGACUCCCAACGACCCUCAUCCAUAGACGCGCCCGUGCCAAAAUCCGUCACGCCAACCCCGAAAGUAGAGUCCGCAACCCCAGUGCCCGUCGCUGCCAGACCAGCCGUGCCACAAAAACCGGGCUCAGCAUAUCCACCCAUCCACGCGUCGAAUAUCGAUGUCCAUAUGAACCCAGUACACCCGGCGACUGGAAAGCCGAUCCUCUUGACAGACAUGGACAACGAUUUCCCUGCCGAUGAUAAACCAUGGCGGCGACCGGGAUCCGACAUUUCGGAUUACUUUAACUACGGAUUCGACGAGUUUACGUGGGCCAGCUACGUCUUGAAGCAACAGGAGCUACGACGUGAAGUGGGAGACCAGAGGAAACAGCUAGAUGACAUGCAGAACUUCAUGAGCAUGGGAAUGCCGCCAAUGCCCGGUGGUCCCCCACCGGGACCUGGACCUGGACCUGGCGGCGCACCACCGGGAAUGCCGCCAAUGCCUGGCAUGCCCGAGAUGUCUCCCGAUAUUAUGCAGGGCAUGUUGACGGGCAUGAUGUCUCAGGGUCUGGAUCCGUCAUCGAUGGAUCCCAUGUCCUUCAUGCAACAUGCGCAGGCGAUGAUGGGCCCACAACCCGGGGCCGCUCAACCUCAAGCUCAAGGAUUUGGAGGACAAGGUGGUCACCAGAUGGGGUACGGAGGAUAUGAUCAACGAGGCGGAUUUGGAGGUCGCGGACGGGGACGAAGAUGGUAGAAUUUAACCUAUUGUGAAUCUUGCUUUUCCAUAAUUCCCAGUGACGGGACGGAUAUCGCGGCGUUUGAAAAUGCAUUUGCAUCGAUUUAGGAUAUAGCAAUUGAGUGUUCUUGCUAAUGAACUGCUUGUGUUCUCAUAUCGUGGAACCGCCUAGCAUCUUGUUCGGGAAAAAGGAGCCGGGCGUGUUGUAUGCUGUAGAAGAAUCUGCGCACACGACCUUGUACGGCUCAGGAGGACUACCAGC